AUGUCUUUUAUGAUAACAAAUCAGGAUACGAUAAAUCAAGAAAAAGAAAUAAUCAUUAAACUUUUAAAAUUCUAUGAUGAUGCAACCUACAAAGGAUGGAGCGAGAAAAUAAUUCGAAAUGUUCGAAACUAUAUUUCAAGAAUAAUCCACAAAACCGAAAAGGAAAUAUUUCAAAUAUUUUUAAGCCAUUUCCCAAAGGAUACUACAACAAAAAUAUCGUUAACAAAACAAGCAAAACUUCAUGCCAGUUUUAUCGGAUUCUGCUAUCAUUUUGAGAUAGGAACAACAGUCAAUCCGAAAAAAGCAUUCGAAUACUACAUUAUUGCUGCAGAACACGGUGAUGGAUUCGCUUUAUCGCAAAUAGGAGGAUUGUCUGCCACACAGUUAGAAUAUAAUCACACUACUAGUACUAAAUAUAUCGAGUAUGUUCACAAAUCGGCAAAAAUUGGACAUCCACAUGGUGCUUACAAAAUGGCUAUUGUUACCACUGGUAGACUGAGAGCAUUUUGGUAUCUGAAAGCGGCUGAAAAGAAUUUUCCUGAUGGUCUCACGAAAGCUGCUCAAUUAUAUAAAACCGGAGAAUAUGUAAUUAAAGAUGUACAUCGUGCUUUGAGAAUGGCGUUGUUGGUGAGACGUGUUAUGGGUGAAAAGAAUUUUUCUGAUGGUGUUUGGAAAAAGCUCUUCGGUGAAUAA